CGAGGAUAAAGCAAGAUGGCGUCUGACGGUGAAGACGUUAUUGCAGUCGUCACAGUUCAGUGUUCUUAAUCUGUGCCUCCAUGUACACAUAUAUGUCCUUUAUUACACUCUAGUAAAUAGAGUAAACAUCGUUAAUAACUGUUUGCAUCCGGUUGUAUUAGUCUGAGCGCACUUUGAUGCUUCUCGAGCUAGCUUAGCCUGCUAGUUAGCUUAGCUUGUUAGCUGCUAACAAAGAGAGGCGGAAGUGAUCAAAACACAUCACUAAGUAGAGAUCAAGUGUGAGUGUAAAGUGUUGUGAUUGUGUGAAAAUGUGCCAAAGAACGACAGCAGAGUACGAGGAGGAACUUUGUCCAACAAAAGAGGAGAAGGAGCGACAACAUGAAAAACAUCAAGUUGUGUUACACAGAACAGACAUCCAUCAGCUGAUUGGACACCAAGAAGAAGGUCUCCCUCAUCUGCAGGGGGACAGUUUCACUUUAGAGUAUCCACAGCCUUCACAUUUUAAAGGGGACAAAGAUGAUCCACAGCCCCCCUAUUUUAAAGAGGAAGAGGGGGGAGAGUGUCCUGUAGGGCAUGAGAAGGCUGAUGUCAGCAAGUUUCCACUGACUGUUGUCUCUGUGAAGACUGAAGAGCAUGAAGACAAACCACCUGAGUCCUCACAGCUUCAUCACAGUCCAAACGUCCAGCAGGUGUCAGCAGAGAGUCAUGAAGAGAUUCCCUCCAAGCAGCAAGAGUGGACCUCCAGUGUGGGACAGAAGGAGCUACAGGCCCCCUCCCACAUUAAAGAGGAGCAGCUUCAUGAUGAAGAUGAAGCUCAGUCCUUACAGCUUCAUCACAGUCAAAGUGAGGAGAACAGAGGGGCGGAGCUUGUAAGUCAACACAUCACAGAAGCUGAUGGAGAGCAUUGUGAAGAUACAAAGUCAGAACCAGACAGCAUCUUUGCUCCUCUGUCAGACAUGGACCACAUGAUGUCAGACUCUUCUGAUCACAGUGAUCACAUCCAACAACCCUUGAAGAGUAAAAAUGACUCCAAAGGUGAUACGAGACAUCACACUAACAACAAACACUUGGACUGCUCUGAAUGUGGGAAAUCAUUUAGACACAAGAAUUAUAUUAAAAUACACAUGAGAAUACAUACUGGAGAGAAACCUUUUACUUGCUCUGUUUGUAAGAAGAGUUUUUCCAUUAAGCCUGCCAUGACCAGACACAUGAGAACACACACUGGAGAGAAACCUUUUACUUACUCUGUUUGUAAGAAGAAUUUCUCCAGAAAGUCUAACAUGUCCUCACACAUGAGAACACAUACUGGAGAGAAACCUUUGACUUGCUCUGUUUGUAAGAAGCGUUUCUCCACAAAGCAACAUAUGGUCACACACAUGAGAACGCAUACUGGAGAGAAACCUUUUACUUGCUCUGUUUGUAAGAAGUGUUUCUCCAGAAAGCCUGACAUCUCCAUACACAUGAGAACACACACUGGAGUGAAACCUUUUACUUGCUCUGUUUGUAAGAAGAGUUUUUCCAUUAAGCCUGCCAUGACCAGACACAUGAGAACACACACUGGAGAGAAACCUUUUACUUGCUCUGUUUGUAAGAAGAAUUUCUCCAGAAAGUCUAACAUGUCCUCACACAUGAGAACACAUACUGGAGAGAAACCUUUGACUUGCUCUGUUUGUAAGAAGCGUUUCUCCACAAAGCAACAUAUGGUCACACACAUGAGAACGCAUACUGGAGAGAAACCUUUUACUUGCUCUGUUUGUAAGAAGUGUUUCUCCAGAAAGCCUGACAUCUCCAUACACAUGAGAACACACACUGGAGAGAAACCUUUUACUUGUUCUGUUUGUAAGAAGAGUUUCUCCACAAAGUCUAACAUGUCCUCACACAUGAAAACACAUACUGGAGAGAAACCUUUGACUUGCUCUGUUUGUAAGAAGCGUUUCUCCACAACGCAACAUAUGAUCACACACAUGAGAACACAUACUGGAGAGAAACCUUUUACUUGCUCUGGUUGUAAGAAGUGUUUCUCCAGAAAGCCUGACAUCUCCAUACACAUGAGAACACACACUGGAGAGAAACCUUUUACUUGUUCUGUUUGUAAGAAGAGUUUCUCCACAAAGUCUAACAUGUCCUCACACAUGAGAACACAUACUGGAGAGAAACCUUUGACAGUAGCAUCUGUUCCGUACAAAGGCUGCCGUCUGUACAGCGUAGUUCAACAGUGCCUGGAACUCUUUGCUUGUAUACUCAGAAGCAUUAUCUGA